AUGGGUAGGGGUAGGGUUCAGCUGAAGCGGAUAGAGAAUAAGAUCAACCGCCAGGUGACGUUUUCCAAAAGGAGAGGUGGGCUACUGAAGAAAGCCCAUGAGAUCUCUGUUCUCUGUGAUGCUGAGGUUGCUGUGAUUGUCUUCUCCCACAAGGGGAAGCUCUUUGAGUACGCCACAGAUUCUUGCAUGGAGAAAAUACUCGAACGCUAUGAGAGAUAUUCUUACGCAGAGCGACAGCUAGCUGCAGCUGAUUCUGAAGCACAGGGAAACUGGACCAUGGAGGUUGCUAGACUUAAGGGUAAGGUCGAGCUUUUGCAAAGAAACCACAGGCACUAUUUGGGAGAUGAUCUGGAAUCAUUAAGUCUCAAGGAGCUACAAAAUUUGGAGCAACAGCUUGAAACUGCUCUUAAACACGUUCGAACAAGAAAAAACCAACUUAUGUACGAGUCAAUCUCGCAGCUUCAGAGAAAGGAGAAGGCAAUACAGGAGCAGAAUACCAUCCUAGCAAAGAAGAUCAAAGAAAAUGAGAAAACUGUGGCACAGCAGGUAGACUGGGAGCAGCAGAACCAUGGCCCUAAUGGAUCAUCAUCGUUUCUGCUCCCACAGCCACUUCCCUGCUUAAACAUUGGUGGCAGUUACCAGGAAGAAGCGCCGGAAGUGAGGAGGAACGAGCUGGAGCUCACUCUUGAGCCAAUUUAUUCAUGUCACCUUGGAUGCUUUGCCGCGUGA